AUGGAAUACGGUGCAGUCAUUUAUAAUACAGCUAAAAACAAAAUUCUUAACAUACUAAAUCCUAUUCACAAUCAAGGCAUUAGACUAGCCACAGGUGCCUUCCGCACAAGCCCAACAGCAAGCAUUAUGUGCAACGCUGGAGAACUACCACUUGAAUUUAGAAGGAUUAAAGAAACACUAAAAUUUGUAACUAAAUUCUCAAACAACAAAACCCAAAUUCCAAUCAGAAGACCUCUGAAUAUACGUAACAGUCCAAACACACCUCGCACCAUCGACGACACGUAUAAGAACAUAGCAGAUACAACGAAGUUCAAUCCAAUUACGUUCAACAAAAUUAUCUUUCCGUCUUCCCCUCCGUGGACGUGGAAUAUUAAGCUCAAUACCCAAUUACUCGAAUUCAACAAAAAAAUCGCCUCAACCUCAACUAUAAGAAAUAACUUUUCAGAAAUAAUCGAAGAAAAAUACCCUCACCACAUAAAAAUCUUUACGGACGCUUCAAAAUCCCCCAAUGGAACCGGAUUUGCAUUCAUAGAAAAUAACAAAACUUCAAUGUUCAAAGCUCCUCACGAAACUAGCAUUUUCUCCGCUGAAAGUCAAGCCAUCCAAAAUGCAAUCUCACACGCGAUGACCUUAGUAUCCGAAGAAAUACUUAUAAUUAGUGACUCCCUUAGUGCUCUCCUAGCCCUCGAAAACCCUUACCCCAAAAAUGAAAUAAUUCAAUCCAUCCAAGAAAAGUUGUCAAACUCAAGAAAAAAAAUUGAAUUUCUAUGGGUCCCCUCUCACACUGGCAUAAGUGGCAACGAACUAGCUGACAAGGCAGCUAACGAAGCAAUAACAUCACCCAGCUCGGUACCAAUAAACAAAAUAACAUACCAAGACGCGCUCAUAAAAAUAAAUAAGCUAACAAAAAGUCUCUGGCAAGACUCGUGGGAGAAGACUUCAAACACAAAUAAACUAAAAGAAAUUAAAACAUCAAUUGACCCAUGGAAAACUCCUCCACUCUCAUCCAGGCAUGAAGAAGUCGUUAUCACAAGAACUCGGAUUGGACACUCCCGUCUAACUCACUUGCAUCUCAUCACAAAAGAAGACAGCCCGACCUGCGAACUCUGUGACAAAGCGCUGACAAUUAAACACGUCACUCUCGAAUGCCCCAAAUUCAUCUGCUCCAGAAAAAUUCUCGGAAACCCACAAACAAUGCAACAGGCACUUGGAGAAGAAAACACCAAAAACAUAUACACUUUUUACAAAAACAUAGGCUUAGCAAAACUAAUUUAG